CAUUCUGUUUAAGUAAUAAAAUGUUGAACACAAAUUCGACUGGAUCUCUGCUGUGUCGUCUAGCUGUUAUAUUGGCAGUCGCUGGUCUCAUCUCUCUGACUUUCAUGUCUUUAUGGACUUCACCUCAAACCUUUUGUUUACCUCAACAACUUUCUCGACACCACGCAGAGAAGAACAACUCACUUGAUAAAGCAGUGGUUGACAAACCGAUUCUUUUGUUAUGGGUCUGGCCUGAAGAUUACAGAUUCGAUCUGAGCGACUGUAAAACUAUUUACAACAUUGACGGCUGUCACCUGACAGAUGAUCGAUCUCUCUACAGCAACUCGGAUGCAGUGCUUAUUUUUCAUAAAGCUAUUAGUGAAGAUCUGUCCACACUUCCUCCAUCUCCUCGCCCUCCGUUUCAAAAGUGGAUAUGGAUGAAUGUUGAAUCACCGACUAACACGCAAAAAAUACCAGGAAUUGAAAACCUAUUUAAUCUGACUCUCACUUAUAGAGAAGACUCUGACAUUCCUGUCAAGUUACAACUGACCAGCAGAAAGAUCCCAGAUGAGGAUUUUGAAAUUUCCAAAAAAGAAAAACUCAUCUGUUGGAUUGUGAGUAACAAUUUGAAGUGGACAGGCGUCGGCACAAGAAUCGCUUUUUUCCAAGAACUUAGUAAGCAUGUCAAAAUACACGUGUAUGGAAAAGCUUAUGGAACGUUCCUGGAUUAUAAAGACUACUUUCCCACCAUAGCCAGCUGUAAAUUUUAUCUCUCCUUUGAAAACUCCAUUCACAAAGACUACAUCACUGAGAAGUUAAAUGGACCUCUGGCAGUAGGUACUGUACCUGUGGUUCUGGGACCUCCUCGAAAAAAUUAUGAAAAGUUUGUACCGGGUGACUCCUUCAUUCAUGUGAACGACUUUCCAGAUGCAAAGUCACUAGCAGAAUAUCUUCAGCGUCUGGACCAGGAUGAUGAAGCGUAUCGCAGGUACUUUAACUGGAGGAGACAUUUCUCAGCUCGACCUCAUUUAAUUUUACAGAACCAAAAGUUUGUUCUGGCUAUUUGUACGGCCUGUGAUUAUGUUGGAAAACACAAAGAAUAUAAAGAAGCUCACGAUAUCUAUGAAUGGUUUUUCAACUAAUGAAUAAUAAUCUGCCCUGUGGUCUUCUGUUCAAACAUUCAUAUUUUGUAAUGCAAAACUGCAAUAUUGUAAUACUAACUAAUAUGGCGUUUUGAAUAUUACAACAUUUGUCCAACGUCACCUCUUAUAUGAAUAAAUGUAAAUGUUCAUGUGU